AUGGAAGAUCCUAUCAAACUAAAUACGGCAAUCCUCAAUACACUGAUGGACCACAAAUAUCAUGUCACUAUCAAGCUCAAGACCAUUAUCAAACGUCUCAAACCCGCAAUAGACAAGAAUAGUAUUUACUUGUCAGACGACCAGCUGCAAAAGUACGGUAUAAGUAGAUCGAGAAUGGAUUUAGAGAAAGGGGGGCGCUUUUUCAAACCUCUUUCACAGCCAUACUUUGGGUCUUUGGCUCGUCACGAAGAGUUUUAUGAAGUGGGUGAAUGGGAAGCCGAUCCGGAUGAAGUAGAUGAUGCAAAACAUAUAUGUUGGAGAUUAGAGCAGCUUAUUCAAUCAGAGAUUCCUGAUAGUCCAAAGGAUAGGUUUGGUAUCCCUCAGGCAUUUUACGAAUAUACCUCAUGGGGCCCGACAUUUCUUAAGCGAUCCCUUUAUGGUGGCCAUUGGGGACGUCGUGAACCAGGUAGAGAACCAACAGACUGGCGCUUUGAACGCGGUUAUGACAGACAGAUGCGAGGCACUUAUCUUGAGCCACACGUUAUUUCUUUCUCGGCCCAUGGCUUGUACCCAGACGAAAGUACAGACUCGAAAAUAACUCGAAGUGAAAUCCUAGUGGCUGCGGAUAUUAUGAGGUAUAGGCUUAAGAUGAACGUUUUCAUUACCAAUGACAUAUACCCUAUCCUCAUGGUUUCUUGCUUCAACCGACAAGUUCGCAUGAACGAAGUUUAUUUCGAAAAUGAAACUCUGCACUUCAACUGUACGCCAUUUAUUGACCUGAGCACUUUUGAGAGAUCUAAACUCGACCUAUAUGCACGCUGGGGUUUGAGUGACCCUGUGGGCCAAACUAGCAGAUAUCCAAAAAUCAAACCAUCGGCAAAUACAAUCAUCAAUUAUUUCAACGAAGAGCUCUAUAGGAAAAAACAAAAAUCGAAAUCUCGCUCGGAUCUGCCUGAAGCUCCAGUGCUUAAGCGUAUUCAGGAGCUUAGGGGGAAAUAG